UAUUACCAUGCCGAUUUCAGAGUUUCAGAAGAAAGGAUUAUGGGAUUUAUUUAUUAACCAGAAUAACUCUUCUGUCUUGUUGCACAUAGCCAAAGGCACCACGAAGAAUUUGUGCAAAACCGACGAUCCUGAGGAAGCCCUUAGACUGCUUACUACACACAUUCCAGACAUUUACAUCUUGCUUUCUAAGCGCGCUAUAACUAAAGAACUCCUUUUCACAUACUUGCACGCACGACAGCCAAACGCAACCACAGAUUUCAGCAAGGCGGACCUUAUAACAAAGGUGAUUCAGUAUUGGGAACAGGAUCAGGCGCCAAGCAGUUUGCUUUCUAAGUGUCAGUAUUCCUCGGAAGAAUCUAUUUACCACCAAAACGAAGAGGAUUUACCAAUAAACGCGAUCGCACGGAAGUUUGGAGAAUGGUUCUUUGAACGCUUAAAUUCAGAAAGACUAAGUCUGGUGGAUCUGUGGACCGAUGCUGUCCUGCAACUUACCAUUAUAGCUAGCGAUGGAACUAACAAGUUGGAGUGCGUGACAGCCGCUGAGGUGCUGUCGGCACUUACGACCGCCAAGCGUCAAUUUGGUUUCCACUUUAAUCCUAACUUGACUCAUACCGGGAUCCAGGGACGGAUGGAUUCUUACGGGCAGGUCGUGGUGCUCUGCUGCGGCACUCUGCACACGUGCGAUAGAUGCGUCGGUGUCUUUGAGUGUGCCUUCGGACUGCUAAAGGAUCCGUAUGCAGAAAACAACUGGAAACCCAAGAAAGUUAAAUGCCUGCUCAAAAGCGAGCUGCUGCCCCCGGAACUUCACAGCCUGUGCUUAAGCGAGACACUACAGGCCGAUUUAAGUCUGCCGGUUCCCACUGACGACUUGGCAUAAC